UAUACAUCCAUCCAGAGUUGCUCAAACACAGAGAGUUCCUCGACCUCCACUGGACAACCUUCGCUGUUGACCCAAAUCCGCCGCCGCGUCUAAGAUGGCAUCUCCGGCGCCGCCGCUCAAGGACGCCGUCGGAGGCCUGGACCGCGACCCCUUCGUCGCCCUCCUCGCCAAGCUGAUCGGCGAGUCCCAGCGCCUGCAGAACGACCCGCCGGCCCUCGUUCCGCAGGAGGACCUCGUGGCGCAGCACGUGGUCGACGCGCUCCGCCCGGUCUCGACGGAAACCGAUGGCGGCCCGCUCGUCGUGCGGAAGGUGAGCUACACCGACGGCCGGAGCAACGUCAUCGUCGAGUACCCCGGCACCGUCCCCGGCCGCGUCGUCUCCUUCGUCGGCAUGCACAUGGACGUCGUUCCGGCCAACCCUAGCGAAUGGGACUUCGAUCCCUUCUCACUAACCUUCGAAGGUGAUGACAAGGAAAAGCUUAGGGGCCGCGGGACGACGGACUGCCUUGGUCAUGUGGCGCUAGUGACUCAGCUCAUGCGGCGGCUUGGUGAGGUGAAACCACCAUUGAAGCAUUCUGUCAUUGCGGUGUUCAUUGCCAAUGAAGAGAAUUCAUCGGUCACUGGCAUUGGUGUUGAUGGCCUUGUCAAGGAUGGGUUGCUGGAUAAGCUCAAGACUGGACCCUUGUUUUGGAUAGAUACUGCGGAUAAGCAGCCAUGCAUUGGUACCGGUGGGAUGAUCCCUUGGCAUCUGAAGGCAACAGGGAAGCUGUUUCACAGUGGCCUCGCACAUAAGGCCAUAAAUUCGAUGGAGUUAAAUAUGGAUGCACUUAAAGAAAUCCAAACUCGGUUUUACAAUGACUUCCCUGCACACGAGAAAGAGAAGCUCUACAAGUUUGCUAGUCCAUCUACAAUGAAGCCAACAAAGUGGAGUUAUCCUGGUGGGGGUCUGAACCAAAUUCCUGGUGAAUGUACGAUUUCAGGGGAUAUAAGGUUGACUCCUUUCUAUAGCACGAGUAUUGUAGUUCAGAAGUUAAAAGAGUAUGUAGAUGAUAUAAAUGCUGGAGUUGAAACAAAGCUGCCUACUCGUGGUCCAGUUUCGAAAUAUGUUCUUCCGGAUGAAAAUCUGCGAGGAAGGCUUGAAAUCACUUUUGAUGGAGAUGUGAUGAAUGGGGUGGCCUGUAAUCUCGAGUCUCGGGGCUUUCAAGCAUUGUGCAAAGCAACUGAGGAAAUAGUUGGAUACGUAGAGCCAUAUUCCAUCACCGGGAGUUUGCCUCUGAUUCGGGAAUUACAGGAUGAAGGAUUUGAUGUUCAAACAGCUGGAUAUGGUUUACUGAAGACGUACCACGCGAAGAACGAGUAUUGUCUGUUUUCAGAUAUGGCCCAAGGCUUUCAAGUGUUUGUAAGCAUCAUUUCGCAGCUGGAAGAUGAUGCUUAAGCCUUCUAGGGAUGAAAUAUUACCUUAUUAGAUACAUAUUCCUGCUACCCGGAGAUCUAAUAAUAGUGUUUUGAGCUUGGGCUCAACCAUAUCUCAUACCAUAAUAUUCAGGCUCAAUUUACCGCAUUGGUUUAGACGUACGAGCUUGGGUUGUUUGGUGAACCAUACAUGAAGGCAAUUACACCCCCAGUUCCUAAAUA